CUUUCUAGCGUUCGCUUCGAAGGUUCUAUCCUGUUCCGGUCGCUUGGUCUAAGGUUUUUUUCGUCUCUUCCGGUCGGCGCGAGGAAAGAACAGCCGGUGGAAGCAGCAUCAGCCUCAUAACCGCCGUCCUCCAUUUUCUUUCCGUUCUUAACGUGCUCGUUGCCAAGGCUGCCCUUGGGGAGCCAGCGAGCGAGGGGACCAUGGCGGACGCGGCGCAGAACGGCCCCAUGCCGGGCGGAGGAGGAGGAGCAGGAGCGGGAGGAGGAGGAGCGGUGCAAUUUCUGAUGACUAAUAAGUUGGACACAGCAAUGUGGAUUUCUCGGCUAUUUACAGUUUACUGUUCAGCUUUAUUUGUCCUGCCUCUCCUAGGGUUACAUGAAGCAGCUAGUUUUUAUCAACGUGCCUUGCUGGCAAAUGCUCUUACCAGCGCCCUUCGACUUCACCAAAGGCUACCACACUUUCAGUUAAGCAGAGCAUUCUUGGCUCAGGCCUUGUUGGAGGAUAGCUGCCAUUACCUUUUGUAUUCCCUUAUCUUUGUUAAUUCUUACCCUGUUACAAUGAGUAUUUUCCCAGUUUUGCUGUUUUCAUUGCUUCAUGCAGCUACCUACACAAAGAAGAUUCUUGAUGCACGAGGUUCAAACAGUCUUCUGUUUCUAAAAAAUCUCUUGGACAAGUUAAACGCUAAUCAGCAAAAUAUCCUAAAAUUUAUAGCCUGCAAUGAAAUCUUCUUGAUGCCAGCUACUGUGUUUAUGCUUUUCAGUGGGCAGGGAAGCUUGCUGCAGCCUUUCAUUUAUUACAGGUUUCUUACACUUCGUUAUUCCUCCCGAAGAAAUCCUUAUUGCCGAACUCUCUUCACGGAACUGCGGAUUGUUGUUGAACAUGUCAUAAUGAAACCUUCCUGCCCUGUAUUUGUACGAAGACUCUGUAUCAGCAGCAUUUCAUUUAUAAGCAGAUUGGCACCAACAGUUGCAUAGCCAGCACUGGAAAUGUGCAUCCAUGUGUCUAAUGAACAUUCGGAGCAGCUGGUCUUUCUGCUUGUGAUUUAUACAUCUCAAUCAUGGUUGUAUGAAAAAUGUUGUUUCCUUCCAAGAACCUGUUCUGUGAAUUGUAUUCUAUGUGUCUAAAACAACAACAACAAGCCCUUGUUUUUCAA